AUAAUAGUUGACAUUUUCUAUUUUGUGAUUUUGUGUGUGGUUUGUAUUGAAAAAUAUUUUUCCCAUUUCCUUUGAAGAAUAAUGAAAUAAGGCUUUCAUCCACUGAUUUAAUUGUUAAAGAUGUGCUCCGAAUCGGUGCCAAAAGAAUUUGAAAAGACAGCUGAAGUGCUACCGCUGUCCACAUAUGGACUUGCAACGGUGGAAGACUUCCGUAGGGCGGAAGCAGAUAAGCAACACUUGGAAUGGUUGAAGAAGGCUGGUCUAUCAAAUGAGGAGUUGAAGCUGUACCAGGAAAAUGAAGCAGGGCUUCUGGAACAGCGUAAGAAGAUUGAGGCCAGUGUUCUAAAGGGCAAGCUCGAAACAUUAUACAACAAAAUAAAUAAUCAUCAAUCUACUCCUGGAUGUUCAAAAGCAAGGAUAGAACCUGCAUCUACUAAACCAAAGAAAAUGGAUAAUCCGUCUCAGAAACAGCUAAAUUUUUACCCGGAAGGUCACCCCAUGAAUGAGCUAAAAGAGUUAGAAGAGAGCUUAUUUGGCCACUUGAAAGAAGACACAUUUUCACUAUCCCAAAGAAGAAAAAUCAUGAGACGAUUAGAGAGAAAAAAAGAAAGGAUACUGGCACAGGAACAUCAAAUUAACUUUGAGGAUAAUGCUAUGAUUGCGUCAGUGAAUAAACCUGGGAGUUUAUGGGAUGUGAAAGAAGUUACUGCUAGACCAAAAGUUGCGGAACAGAUUGCUCCGGUAGAACAGAAAUGUCUCAUAGGCCCGAGGGUCCCUACCAUGUAUACGAUAAGAGAUAACAAAAUUAUGAGAUUAGAGCCUAUCAACAGAGAGCGCCACAUAAACGAUGAGUACCGAGCAGUAGACAUCGUACUGCCUGUGAAUCCUGCUGAGGAGCAAUUGCUGGAAGGAACCAAAAUGCCUCUUGAUGACAUUAAGAAAAUUGACAGAUUUAAAGACUAUGAGCCAGGGAUACCAUCAAAGGUCUUGUAUCUGAAGAACAUUGCCCCAGGUGUGUCCCAAGAGCAGCUGUCAUUACUGUUCAACCAGUUUGUGCUGGACAACGGAGGCCCCAUCGAUGUCAGGCUGAUGGCUGGUCGCAUGCGGGGGCAAGCGUUUGUGGCUUUUCAAAGCGAGGACGUAGCCAUCCAGGCUCUAGACGAGGUGAACGGCACGAUCCUGAGCGGUCGCCCCGUCAUCGUCCAGUUCGGCCGCAACAGCAACCGCGUUCAACCCGAAGACAACAAUUAGGCUACUAUCGGUACAAAAUAUCAAUAUUCAACUUUAUCCAUUAUACAUAGAUAUUUAACUUAUUUAUUUAUUAACCUUACAAUCUGUAAAUAACAUGUAUACCUUAUUAAUAUAUUCCAUUCUACAAUCUAAAA